AUGUCUGGUGAUUUGUUUUCGGUUUCGCCAUCAAUCAAAGGGUUUGUUCCAGAAUCAGAUGCGAACCCUAACCCUAAACCUGACACAAACCCAUCUGCAAAGAAGAAGAGAAAUCUACCAGGAACACCAGAUCCAGAUGCUGAAGUUAUUGCACUUUCACCGAAGACACUUAUGGCGACAAACAGAUUCAUCUGCGAAAUCUGCAACAAGGGAUUCCAAAGAGACCAGAACUUACAGCUGCACCGAAGAGGUCACAACCUUCCAUGGAAGCUCAAGCAAAGGACUAACAAAGAUCAGGUCAGAAAGAAGGUGUACAUAUGCCCAGAAAAGACUUGUGUACACCACGACCCAUCUCGAGCCCUCGGUGACCUCACCGGAGUUAAAAAGCAUUUCAGCCGAAAACAUGGUGAGAAGAAGUGGAAGUGUGAGAAGUGUUCGAAGAAAUACGCUGUUCAAUCUGACUGGAAAGCUCAUUCUAAGACCUGUGGAACUAGAGAGUACAAAUGUGACUGUGGCACACUCUUUUCCAGGAAAGACAGUUUCAUCACACACAGAGCUUUCUGUGAUGCCUUAGCUGAAGAGAGUGCCAGAUUCACAUCUGUUGCUGCUGACAAUUUCAACUUCAGGAAUGGGCCUUUAAGUGAAACUCUGAUUAAUCAGCCAAAUUUGCCUCAUGGGUUCGCCGGAGCUGCCGGAAUUUCCCAACUUGCUGCAGCAUUUCGGCCGGAGUCUGGUGGCAUGGUCACCGGAAAUGUUCUAAUCGGAGAUCAGCAGAAGCCCAGAUUGUCUCUAUGGUUGGAUCAAGCAAAUUCUCAGCUUAGUCUUGUUGAUAUGGCCACAAAUUCAAAUCUUUACAUGCCCACAAGUUCUACUGGCUUAAAUGAUAUGGUGCAAAUGCCAUCUGCGAACCUCUUUGGCUCACCUUCAAUGGCUAAUUAUGGUAACUGCAACCAGUCGCAGUGGUUUGACAAGAAUCCGGCGACUUCUACUGAUGCAAGUCUCUCAUUAUCGCCUUUACCACAAGGAUUAAAGGAUGAGAAAACCCUAAGUAAUUCUUUCUACUCUGAUAAUCAAAAUCACCAGUCAAAAUCAUCAUCGCCAAUGUCGGCCACUGCGCUUCUGCAGAAGGCGGCACAGAUGGGUUCUACCAGAAGCAACCCAUCAUUCUUUGGCAAUAGUUUUGGGGUUAUGAACUCUUCUUCUUCUUCUUCCAACACACCUGCUUUUAAUCCCCUCUCUCAAAACAGAAAUGGAUUGCCAAUGAGUGCAUCGACGAGUGCAACUCAGAACAGUCUUGAUCAAGUUAUAAUGCAAACUGGUGUCUCACAAAACGAAUCAGUUCCAUUGAAGUUGCAUCAAGGUGGUCUAACAAGAGAUUUUCUUGGCAUGGGAGGUGAAGGUGGUCGUCAGUUCUUGCCUCAGGAGCUAGCAAAGUUUGCUUCAAUGGGUUCAGCCAUGGGUUUGAGCCAUUUUAAGAGCAACCAGUGA